AUGGAUAAGCUAAAGAAGUCCUACAACAAGCUCAAUUCGGCAUUUACGCGCAAUGAUAGGAACUGUGAGGACAAGCCUGGCAUUCUCAAGACGAAGCACGGCCAACACAUGCGCUCUCUUACGUCCGUCCAAUCUAUUCAAGCAAGUGCAAUCAAAUUGGGACCGCUACCAAGACUCGAAGCAGCGGAACAUGCUUCGAGCAAGAUGUCGCCCACCAAACACUCUCAGGAGCCAAGCAAAGCUAGUCAGGCGAACGAAGGCAGUGAGGCAAGCAGUACCCAGCAGUUGACCUCACUCGAACACAGGGUGUGGGACGAAGCCUGCGACCUUACCCUCAAUGAGCCCAACUUUUGGGUUGAGGCCUACGACGGCCUCAAAGCAGACUAUGAGCAUGGCAAGCUGGUCCUUGCUUACGAGGAGGUGCUUAAAGUCAGAUAUGCGCCCAACUUCAGUAAGCCGGGUCGUACAGACGAUAAUUGCGGGAUCAAUCUCGACAUCCGCAAGGCAAUUAUGAAACAGAUCGUGCGCAACACCAUGGAAAGUGUCGUUGAAUAUCGCCAGAAAAGCAACGGAACGGAAGAAAGCAUCGUGGAUUAUUGUGACCCGUUCCUCGAGUACUGGCCGAUCGGGUUCAACGAUAUAUCGACGGUUGUAUUGCCUCUAGCUGUAUUUAUAUCCGCACUGGAGUUACUAGUGAGAUCACCUAAGUUGAAAAACUCCAUUGCAUCUGGGAUCAAGGAGGUCAGUAAGAGAUUGAAGUGGUACCUGAGUCUCUCAAAUCGUAUCAUGUAUCGUUUGGGCCCGGUCGACCAGGAGAAAGACCGCAGUGACCCUGUUAUGGAGCUUAAGGAGCGUAUCCUGAGUCUAUAUAAGGCUGUGCUGAUGUACCAGAUGAAGUCGGUUUGCUUGAACUAUCACUUCGAAGGCUGGGAGUUUCUCGACGAUUCAAUCUCACUUAGUGAUUGGGAAGGCGAUUUUAGCGAUAUCAUCGAGGCUGAGAUCGAGGUCCUACAUGACAUAUUCUUCCGGGAGCUAGAGUACCAGGGAGCAUCUCGGCAGACACUCGAGGGUCAUAUUAGGUCGGUCAAUGCUACAGCUUUAUCGCGGGACGGCAAGAGGCUAGCAUCAGCCUCAGGUGACAAUACCAUCCGACUCUGGGAUGUAGCCAAAGGCACCGCUCAGCGGACGCUCAAGGGACAUACUGACUGGGUCACUGCUUUGGCAUUCUCGCGGAAUGGGAAGAAGCUAGCUUCAGCCUCCGGUGACAAUACCAUCCGGCUCUGGGACGCAGCCAACGACACCGCUCCACGGACGCUCAAGGGUCACACUGACUGGGUCACUGCUAUAGCUUUCUCGCGCCAUAGCGAGAAGCUAGCUUCAGCUUCAGUAGACAACACAGUCCGGUUCUGGGACGCUGUCACAGGCACUGCUCAGCAGACCCUAGGAGGCCAUACUGGCUGGGUCACCGCUAUAGCUUUCUCACCUAAUGGCAAGACGCUAGCAUCCGCUUCCGGUGACAAGACCAUCCGACUCUGGAACGCUGUCACAGGCACCGCUCAGCAGACCCUAAAAGGCCAUACUGGCUGGGUCACCGCUGUAGUAUUCUCGCCGAACAGCAAGAUACUAGCAUCAGCUUCGGUCGAUAAGACCGUGCGACUCUGGAACGCAGUCCGGGGCACGGCUCACCAUACACCCAUGCGCCAUUUUGAUCAGGUUACAUCUAUAGCCUUCUCACAUAACAGCAAGACGCUAGCAUCAGCCUCAGUUGACAACACCGUCCGGCUCUGGGAUGCAGUCAAAGGCACUAUAAAGCGAAGACUUGAGGGCCAUACUAAGCGAGUCACUUCUAUAGUUUUCUCGCGUAAUAGUAAGACGCUAGCAUCAGCUUCAUUUGACAACACCAUCCAGCUAUGGAAUUCUUCUCGCGGGAUGACAAGACACUAG